CGAGACACUGGGAGCCUCCCUAGUGUUUUGUAGAUCAUCUCAUCCGUGGCGGUUGGUUCUCUGUUCAAAGAUGUGAACUAAUGUUUUUCGUUGUUUCACUUUAGUCAUAUAAAUCUAUUUUGUGCAGGUGUCGUGUAUAGACCAUACGUAGCAAAGGUUAUGAUUUAUCAUCGAAAAGGUAUAAACGUUUCUCUGUGUGAAAGCCAGAAUACUUUUACAACAUGAAGAGGGUGACUUCCACGACAGUAAUUCGCCUCUUGUUGAUCUCUUCUUAUUUUGUGCAAGUUCUGUCCAUACCAGAAAAGAUUCUUCUGGGUGGUUUGUUUGAUAUUGAUGACGACGAGGAAGAGUUUGCUUUCCGAUUAGCUGUAGAGAGAAUAAAUGCUGACAGUAAUACGUUACCCAGAUCCAUUUUAGUUGCUCACGUAGAGCGACUUGGUCAUUAUGACAACUUUAGAGCUACCAAAAGAGUGUGUUCUUUGAUGGAACUGGGCGUGGCCGGUGUUUUUGGUACUCAGUCUGAUGUUACCAGUAUGCAUGUCCAGUCCAUCUGUGAUGCUUUGGAUAUACCCCAUGUGGAGGCUCGUUGGGACUUUCAAUUACAACGUCAACGGCUGUCCAUCAAUCUCUUUCCUCGGCCUGCUAUGCUAGGUAAAGCCUAUGUGGAUCUUGUUAAAGUGUGGGGGUGGCGUGAGUUUUGCCUUGUAUAUGAAGAAAGCGAAGGAGUCAUACGUUUACAAGAUUUCUUCAAAGAAGCUCAAAAAAAUGGAUGGCGAUUACAUCUCUACCAGUUUAAACCAGGAGAGCCAUACAGAGACCUAUUCUGGAAAAUAAAAAGUGCUGGCGACAACAGGAUUGUAUUGGAUGUGAAACGAGAAAACGUACAUACCGUUCUUAAGCACGCUCAGCAAGUCGGUAUGAUGACAGAGAAACACAGCUAUUUGAUCACCUCUUUGGACGUACAUACAGUCGACCUUCAAGACUUUAAGUACGGAAAAACAAACAUAACAGCCUUUAGAAUUGUGGAUAUGGAAAGUCCUGAACUGCGUAGUUUACUUGAUGAAUGGGGUCCGUUUUCAGGGGACUUUGGAAGCAGCACAAGAACUCACCCCCGGACAAUAAAG